UUAUUCGUAGCGAGAAAAAAGGAAAACGUUUUAAAGUUGUCAAUACAUUUAACAAGGAAAAAGAUUUAUUUGGAAGAGUAAUGCCUAGGAAGAGACAUGACACAUCUUCUGAUGAUUCAGACAGUAGUGAAGAAGAGGUAAGACCUCGGAAGAAAGAUCAACGGGGGACUGCCGGCAGAAAUCAGCGUUAUGAUAAUUCUAGUCCUCCUAAAAGGUCCAGUGGAAACCAGAAAGCCAGAAAAAGAAUGGACUCGGAGAAAGAUUCAAGUUUUGAGGUUGCACAAAACAGGAGCAGAGAAAGGCAGCAGUUUUCAUCAGAUUCAGAUACAAGUCCAGUGAAGCGAUCUGUUGUAUCUAAAGUUGAGAAAACCAGUGCACAGUUAGGAAGAGGUGAUCAGGACUCCAGGGAGUUUGAUAAUAGAAGCAGAGACAGGGGUGACGAUAGGUGGAGUUCACGGGGUGCAAGCCAAGGCCAAAGGUCAAGUCGACAGGAUGAUUCACAGGAUGCAUAUGGUAGAAGAAACGAAAUGCCAGGUGGUAGAAUGUCACCUGAAAGAAGACAAAGAAGAGUUUCUUCUUCUCCAGAAAGACAGCGCUUAGAAACCAGGUUACCAAGGAGACAAGACAGAUCAAACAGAUCGCCUAGUCCUGGUAGAAAUGAUGUCAGAAAUGAACUUAGAAGAUCUUUCUCACCUGAAAGAAAUACCAGGUUUGGACAAAGAAGAAAUGAUUAUCAGAGUCUUGGAAGAGGUCAGCGAUCACCAGGAAGAGCUCCAGGUUGGAGAGACCAGCAAGGAAGAGGAAGGCUUGAUGAUAGUAGAGGUCAAGGUUAUAGAAAUGAUCAACAGUCAAGGUCAUUUGACCGACGGGAUAGAAGUCAGGACAGAAAUAGGCAAAAUAGAGGCAGAUCAAGGUCACCUAUGAGAAAUACUAGUAGGACUAGAAAUGAUUCAGAUGUUAGCUUUGAACAAAAGGCCAUGUCCCCUAAAGAGAUAAGGUCAAAUAAGGGUCAAAGGUCUGUUUCACCAGUAAGGUCAAAUAUGGGCCAGAGGUCAGUAUCACCAGACAGGACAGAGAGAGGAAGUAAACAAAGAAAACUAUCAGAGAAAAAGAAGAAUACUCCUGUUAAUUCACCUUUAAAAUCUAAAGCUAAAGGUGGAAAUAAAACAAAGAAGAUUAAAGACAAGAGUAUAGAUAAAGAUUUUAAAGAGUCUGAGGAGGAUUUAGAAAAAUCGCCAAAAAGUUCUAAGAAAAGUAAAAAUAAGAAAAAGAAAAAAGACGCUGAGAAAGAUGACUCACUGGAAAGAAGUUUUGAACGUAGUAAACAGCUCCUUGAAGAAAACUCACAUUCCAAAGAAUUUGACAUUCCUGAGUCGGAAGAUUCGGCUCAGGAGCAAAGUCCAACAAAGGGUCGCCAAAAAAUGCGAUCAAAACGUCGACGAGAAUAUUCUGAAUCUGAUCAGGUGAUUUCAUCAAAGAAGAGUCGAAAGACAAAAAAUGACCUUGAUGAUUCUAAAACUGUUAGUAAAAAAACUCAAAAGAAAUCUAAGAAGAAAAUGUCAAGAUCUCCUAGUCCUCAUGAAAGGUCUGAUCGAUAUAGGUCAAAAUCAUCUGAUAAAAAUAGGUCAAGGUCAUCUGAAAGGUCAUUUGGACGGAAUCAUGAUAUGACCCAGUUUGAGAGUGAGCCAGAAAGUGGUGAGAUCACAGACAGUGAGGAAGAAGCAGAGAAAGCCAGACAAUCUAUGAAAAGUUUUAUAAAUAAGCCUUCUGGGGAAGAUGACCAACAAACUGUAGAAGAUGAGAGAUUUCUCAAUCAGAGAAAAAAGGCUUCAAGAAUGAAGGGAAGAAAUGAUGGAGACCAAAAUGCAGGAGAGAAGGAACGUGUCAAAGAAAAAGGAAGUAAAAGAAAAGUACAGGAAACAAAUGAGCCAGAACCAAAGGAAGAAUCAGAAUUGUCUACAAAGAAACCCAAACCUGCAGCUGUUGGGGUGGAAGCCUUUACUGGGAGGACUGGUGGCGCUUAUAUACCCCCUGCUCGUCUUAGGGCUAUGCAAGCCAAGAUCACAGAUAAAUCAAGUGUAGAGUUUCAGCGUAUCUCAUGGGAAGCCCUCAAGAAGAGUAUCAAUGGUUUGAUAAACAAGGUGAAUGUAGGAAAUAUAGAAAACAUCGUCAGGGAACUGUUUCAGGAAAACAUUGUUAGAGGACGUGGUUUAAUGGCAAGAUCUAUCAUACAGGCUCAGGCAGCAUCUCCCACAUUUACUCAUGUAUAUGCAGCUCUAGUUUCUAUUGUUAAUACAAAGUUUCCACAAAAUGGAGAGCUGAUUUUACGACGUCUGAUAAUUCAGUUCCGUCGAGGCUACAAGAGGAAUGACAAGAAUAUUUGCUUGUCAUCGACACGGUUCAUCGCACAUCUCGUUAACCAACAAGUUGCUCAUGAAGUUUUAGCUCUAGAAGUACUUACACUUCUUCUGGAAACACCAACAGACGAUUCAGUGGAGGUAUCGAUAGGAUUCCUGAAGGAAUGCGGACAGAAACUUACGGACGUCUCACCUAGAGGAAUCAAUGCAAUAUUUGAGAGGUUAAGGAAUAUCUUACACGAGGGCCAGAUUGAUAUACGUGUACAAUACAUGUGUGAGGUGAUGUUUGCUGUACGAAAAGAUCAUUUUAAGGACUUUCCUGCUGUUAUGGAGGACCUUGAUCUAGUUGAAGAAGAGGACCAAUUUACACAUUUGCUAACACUGGAAGACGCAGUGAAUGGAGAGGAUAUACUAAACGUUUUCAAGCCUGAUCCAGCAUUUGAAGAAAAUGAGGAAAAGUACAAGAUACUGAAGAAAGAGAUACUAGGAGAAGGUAGUUCAGAUGAGGAAGAUGGUUCAGGAAGUGGGAGUGGCUCAGAUAGUGAGGAGGAGGAGUCUGAGGAAGAUGAGGAGGCGAAACAGAAAAUUAUUGACCAGACAGAGACUAACAUGGUGGCAUUAAGGAGAACAAUCUAUUUGACAAUACAAUCUAGUCUUGAUUUUGAGGAAUGUGCUCAUAAACUUCUCAAGAUGGAUCUCAAACCUGGACAAGAGGUUGAAUUAUGUAACAUGAUUCUCGACUGUUGUGGACAGAUGAGGACCUACGAGAAAUUCUUCGGUCUCCUAGCAGGGAGGUUCUGUAUGAUUGAUAAGAAAUAUGUGGAACCAUUUCAAGUGAUGUUUAAGGAACAGUAUGAAACCAUACAUCGACUUGAAACAAACAAGCUACGGAAUGUGGCCAAGUUCUUUGCCCACCUUCUACACACUGAUUCUAUUUCAUGGGCUGUAUUACAAGCUAUUAAAUUGAAUGAAGAUGACACAACCUCUGCCAGCAGAAUCUUCAUCAAGAUUUUGUUUCAAGAAUUAUCUGAGUAUCUCGGACUACCAAAGCUGAAUGAGAGGCUCAAGGACCCAACGUUGCAGGAAUAUUACGCUGGUCUUUUACCACGAGACAAUCCAAGAGAUACAAGAUUUGCUAUCAACUUCUUCACCACUAUAGGUCUGGGUGGUUUAACUGAUGACCUGAGAGAUCAUCUUAAGGACGUAUCUAAAAAGUUAAUGCAGCAGAAACAAGAAGAACAGGCACAAGCUAUACAAGAUGAUUCAGAUGAUGACUCUGAUGACUCGAGUGAUGAAUCUGAUGAUUCCGAAGAUAGUGACAGCUCUGACAGUUCCUCAGAUUCAGAUUCCUCAGAUGAUAAUAGGAGAAAGAAAAAGAAAGCAGCUAAGAAUUCCAAGGCUGCAUCAGAGAAGGGCAAAAGAGGAAAAGACAUUGGAAGAAAAGAGAAAGUUGUGGAGAAAGAGGGCAGGAAAAAUAGGGACAGAACCAAUGGAUCUGUAGACAAAAGAGGUAGACAUGAGGUUGAAAAAUUGAAUAAGAAAGACAAGAAGAGGAACAGAAAGGCAGCUGGAGAUAUUCGUAAAGACAGUAAAAGUGAGGACGAAGUCAGACGUGAACAGGAAGAACAGUUUAAGAAGCUAGCUAAACUGGCUAAUUAUGGCAAUAUUGAUGACAUUGAGGCAAAUGAGAGGUACGGACAAGAAACGAGAAAAGGUGGCGAUGAUAGGAAGAAAAAUAAAAAAGAUAAGAAGGAGAAGGGAAAGGACAAGAAAAAUAAAAAAGGAAAGCGUACAAGUGACAAUGAAGUUUACGAUGAUGAUGAUAAUGAUGGGAGACUGCAGGAGCAGAGGAAGAGGCUCCAAGAGGAGUUGGAUGAGUUUGAUGCUAGGGCAUAUGCAGAUAGAAGUUUUGAUAGUAGUUUUGAGGGAAGAGGUAGCCGUGGUGGUGUAAGAGAUGAAAGAGGGGGUGGGGACAGAAGGGCUAGGCGUGGUGAAGGAUUAAUGAGAGGUGAAAGAGGGGUUUUAGAAGAUAGGGGUGUACGUAUUAGGGGAGAUGGGAGUAAGAGUAAAGGAAAGAAAGGGAAAGACUUUGUUGAAGAUGAUCUCGAUGAUAAGAACAUUAGAGUUGAGAGAAACUUUGAAAGGAUGGAUUUGUAUGAGGAAAAGUUCGAACGUGAGAGGGAAAGGAAUUUAGAGCAAGUUAGAGCGCGGGAAGAAUUCCAGGAUUAUUACAGGGCAAGGGAGGGUAAUGAUAUGCCACGUGGAGGGCCAUACAGGGGGAGAGAAUUGCCUUACAAGGGAGGAAGAGAUAUGGAUAGGUUCGACUACGACGACAGGGGUUUUGAUAGAGGGUACGAGGAGGACAGAAGGAGAGGGAGAAAUAGAAGUGAGGAGCGUAUGGCACCGUCUGAGCGUAAUGAUAGACGUAGGAGAAGAUAGGUUUUAUGCAUAGAGCUCAUAGGUUCAUCUUUAUGUAUAGUAUUUUUAUGUGAAAGAACUUUAAUAUGUAUUAUAUAUGUAUUUGUUAUGUGUAAAUUAAAAUAGGUAGCUGUGAAAUUACAAAAUAGGUUGAAAUUUCAAAAUAGGUUGAAGAGUCAUUUUGUUAUCCAUUGCAAUUUACAAUUUUGUAAUUUUAUAAAUAAAUUUUAGUAAUUAUCUUUGAGACAAAAAUUCAUGAAGUCCUAUUGUUACUUUAAUGUGAUUUCUUUAUACUCUUUAUAAUCAAUUUUUUUUUUUUUUUUUUUUUAAGAAAUUACAUUUUUUUGAUAAUGUUAUUGACAGUAUUGGCUAUCACAUUAACUUGUGUUUUUGUCAUUAAUUUGACCGGUGAGGUGUAUCAGUGCUGUCUAAUUUGUAAUUAUAUUUAAUUCUUCAAUUAAAAUCAUACACUCAUUAAACUUUUGAUUUUAGGAACUUAAUUCAAGACUAAAGUUUCACGACUGCUCAUGCCAGUCCCAUGAGAGUUUUCUGAAGUUAUAACUAACAGAUUUCUUUCUGACCAUUUUUUAUACAGCAAACAAAAUUACAAGUUUUUGUUCAAUGAUGAGUGAUUAGUAAAAUUACAUGGUGAAAUAUAUUAUAAAAAAUGAUUUAUGAUAAUUGACCGCAAUAAGAUAAUUGACUUUCUUAAUUGUACAAACAUAAUCGUAAUCAGAUGAUAAACUGGACAAAGAAACACAGGUUGCCAGGGACCAGAGUUAUUUUUUCCUCUUCAAAAUGGAUUAUAAAAAAGCAGAGACAUACAUAACUAUAUCUCUGGAAAAUUAACAUAAACCAGUAUUAACAUUUUUGUUGAAACAAAAAGAUAUAAAUCAUGAUAUUGUCCUGAAUGUUUGUAACAUCAAUUUUCAUUGGUCAGUUUUAUUAUGUGUAUAUCAUCUGUAUAUAUGGCUGCUGUAAAUUUUUGAACUGUUUAAAAUUUAAGUCAAGACAGCAUUUGUGCUAUUUUAUAAAUUCAUUAUAAAAUCUUUCGACAGGUAAUAUGUUGAGCUGUCAUCGAUAGAAAUGAUAUUUGUGUAUCAUUGAUAUUUUUCAGUCAAUCAAUAAUCAAUACCCAUUUUAGAAAAUUGAUAAUUUUGACUUGAGAAUUGAAUGUCUAGAAAUAAUGAAAAUUUACCCAAAACAUACGCAAAAUCAUAUGUUAUAGCUGUGAUGACAAAAAAAAAUGGUCACAAUCGACUUUUAUAAACAAGACUCAUGUAUGAAAAAUCCACUUUUUUACUGAAAGCAUUUAAACAGAAAUACAGACAAGUAAUUAUUACUUAAAGUAAGUAAUUAUCAGUAUAUCGGUGUAUCAUCGAUAUUUAUCAUCUGAUAUUGAUAUAUAGUUGAUUUGCUUUGCACAGAAAUCAAGGACAGCUAUAGUUAUAUUGAUGUGUACAAUUGACUGUUUAUCUAAGUUUUAAUAAGCCUACAACUAGUAGGCCAAAUACCUUGCUCAAAUUUUUAUAACUAAUGAUACAGGAUUAAAUUUAGGAAAGAGUUUGCUAUCAAUGGGGUGACCUGCUCUUUUUAAUGAAGUUGAAUUAAGUAUGUGUUAUUUUUAAAAAUGAAAUGUGUAACCAUUUUAAACUAAUACUUACAUAAUAGUGUAUAUAACUAGAAAAACACUUUGUUCAAUCGGCCUAUAUUUGUCAUUUACUUGUAAAAUACAUGAUUAUUCAUAUGUACGUCAGUAUUUUCUGUAACUGUCUGAUUUGUAUUAUAAAAUAAAAUGUUACAUUUUAGUUGAUUUUUUAAAUUUUUUUUUUAGAUCUAAAGUAUGUUAUUUAAAUUGUGACAAGAUUUGGUACUCUAGUUGAUCAGUUCCAACAUUAUAUUUGAAAUGUUAUUGUAUGUUUGCAAUGAAAUGUAAAAUGAUCAGAAUAUUUUUUAGAUAAAGUGUUAAAAUAAAUAUAAAAAUCUCAAGUUGUUAUAGGACAUAAGCUAUAUCUUACGAAAUAUUUUUAUAAAAAUCAUGAACUGUAAAAUUACAUACAUUGUAUCCAUAAUCUUAUGGUCGAUUCUUGAAAGAUUUGUAACAUAGAAUGUCCUGUUGUUCAAACAAUAAUUUUUGCAGCAGAUGUACAGCUUUAUAUACUUUGACAUGGUUUUGUAUUAUUAAGUUUAUCAUAAUACGAUAUAGAUCAAACUCCCAAGUUUUGAAUUAGAAAAUUGUUAAGUUAAUUAUUUUUUUUACUGGAAGGUUAAAAUAAUCUUCAUGUAUUUCCUAGAUUAUUACAUAACAAUAAUUUUGAAUGAAUCAGAUAUUUGUCAGACUUUUUUUUUUCAUUUACUAUAUUUUGUCAAAAUCAGUUUGCGUGUUUUUGCAAUUAAUUUAUAUACAUUGUACAUAUACAAUUCUGGAAUACUUAAAAUACUGCAGUGAUGCAAAUGACUCCCACUUGAAAAUGGUUAACCAUUAGAAAACGCUCAUUACUGAUGAAUGUGUAGUGAGGGACCAGUAUCCAUUUACAGAAAAGUUGUUAAAUCUCUCUUAUAUUGACUGAAAACAUUCAAGACUAUUUUUUAUUGAUACAACCUUGGCAUAUUACUGCGCUCGGCAUAUAAUCAAGAGGUUCUUGGCAGGUUUUUGGAAAAAUGAAGGGUUGGCAAAGCCUCGGCCUUGUUUUGUUUUGUUUUUUUGCUAAGCCUUGCCUCAUAAAUUUUGUAAUGUCGGACAAUGGCAUGGUGUUCUCUAUUUAUCAGUCAGAUGUAACUUUUAAGACUAGUAAGUUUAACAGUUAGAUGUUAAUCUUUUAGACUGGUAUACUGUAGCAAGUUUAACAGUCAGAUGUUAAUUUUUAGACUGGUUCACUGUAGCAAGUUCAUCCGUCAGAUGUUACUUUUUGUGACUGGUUCACUGUAGCAAGUUCACCAGUCAGAUGUUACUUUUUGAGACAGGUUCACUGUAGCAAGUUUAACAGCUAGAUGUUACUUUUUUAGACUGGUUUACAUCAGCAAGUUUAAUUUUGAGACUGGUUCACAGUAGCAAGUUAAACACAGACAGGUUCAGACUGGUUCACAAAGUUGUUUUUACUAGUCGGUGUAUGGUAAAUACUGUAUGUUUGUUAUUUUGUUUAUUUAAAUAAAAAAAGACCUGUUCAUUCAUUACAGUGUAAUCAUGUUCAAAUUUUUUGUACAAUAUUUUGUAUGUGAAAGUUAUGAGUAAAUAUUUGUGCUCCAAAUAAAAAAACAACAGAGAAAUGAAAAUACA